GUAUCCGUAUCUAUUGUUCUGGUUAAACAUUUGCUGCUGACUAAACGUUUACUGUGCUCUCCAUGCUUGUAAGGAGGGUAUAAAAUAAGAUGCUGUUUCUAAUAAAGUUGGCCAUUAGCCCUCAGCUCUUGGUCCAUCUCCAUCUCUUUCAGGGAUGUCUACGGUACCCAGUCUCUCUGGGACCAUCCACACUCCACUGAGGAGCAUCCCUUGUUCCCGGUACCCAGUCUCUCUGGGACCCUUCACACUCCCAUUGAGGAGCAUCCUUGUUCGUGUUCCCAUUGGCCGAGUUUGGGAACGUCCAUGUCUCCAUAGGCUAUCAGCCUUUGAAAACUUCAUUGAGUCUCACUCGUCGUCUCUCCAGGACCCAAGAACCUACCACAACUGGUGCCCUAAUAGGGACCUGGAAUGUGUCUUUUUCAGAGCAAUGAGAACGUUUGGUGCUGAAGAAAAACAUCAUGUUCUGCAAACCAAUGCAAGACGGCUUCAUCAACAAUAUAGGAUGCCAUAUUCUCAGGCUCAAGCCAUCAUCUGUUCUUGUUCUGCUUGUCAAUGUGACCUCUACAUAUACAGCAUGGCCCAGCUGGAAUUAACCCGAAGGGCACAGACCUCAAUCAGAUGGCAGACAUGUCUGGGUGCCCCACCGAUGUAUCUGGCAGGAAGCCCCCUCCUCGCUGGACGAUGCCUCUGCCAAUAUGCGGCCUCCCCGCAGGAAUACGACUGGCUACACCUUCCUCUAAACCGCCAAAUGAUCCUACAGUAACCCUUGCUUGCCCCAACUAUGGAUGGAGCUGGCCCUCUUCUGUCCCGCCAACUUGGGGCCAAUUGAAGAGCCUUACCCGACAGGUAGAACAAAUAGUGAAGACUGCUGGACAAGGGCAGACCCCUACAACAUUGUUCCUGGCUAUGAUUGCUGUUAUCUCCCGUUCUCCCCAGGUAGUACUUGCUGAACAUAACUAUUGGGCCUAUAUUCCUCACCCUCCACGGCUAUGAUCUGUGAAAUGGACUGAAAUUGGCCCUAAUGUGUACUGCAAUGAUACCAUUUAUACACUGGCUCCUUAGGGCACUGGUAUAUCCAGUUUUCCUUCAGAGGAAGGAGAAGGCUUCGAUUUUACUUUGGGAUAUUCUGUAGCCCCUUUAUGUAUUGAAAAUGGACCUUCAUGUCUGCCCACACAAAUGCAGAGAUGGACAUAUACUUUGCCUCCAUCUCUCAUGGUCAGGACCCUCAUGGGUCUGCUUGCCCCCCUCACAUUCCAGUUUACAGAAGAGAACACUACUGAUUUAACAUGAAGUUCCAGUGAGCCUUUAUGUCAGACUAUGACCUAUAAACAUUAUGUGUUUGCCUCCCACCCAUCCAUUGGUCCCAAUGUCGUGGCCCUCAUGGAAAGAUGUUUUCUUUUACUAACUCCCUAUUUGCCUGGGUGGAUUGGGGACCUUAUGGUAAAUUCUUAACCAAUUGUUCAGAGGAUUCUAACACCACGGUAUGUGAUUAUAUCUCUAACGUCACUCAGCUUCAGCUUCAAUUUAGGUAGACCAUCAUACCUCUACUUAUAUCUGUCAUUCUGGCCUUAUGGCUUGGCACGAAGGUGGUUUUGCCCGCCUCCCCUCGUUCCAAGUUAAUUUCUCCCACGAUGGGACCUGAACAGUGAGACCUCUGGAAGUUGGCAGCUUCUACACAAAAAUGGGUCGCCUUUUCAAGUAAUUUCUCUGGUGCCUCCCAUUGCAUGGCAAAUUAUUGGUUCACUAGAAACCACACAUUUUACACUUGCUGCUGUGUUAAAAUGCUGUAGUUUUAAACACCGUAGUUUUUAAUAAUGCUGAAAAGCUUCUGUCCUGUUUUGACUGUAAAUUGUAUUAUUGUCUGAGUUCUACCCUGAACAUAGAUUUAAGGAAUCAGUCUUUAAUUCUUUUAUAGGCCCAGACAGGCUCUGGUUACCAGUAAAUCUUGCCCGGCCCUGGAAAAAGCAUCCCCUGGGUAGCCUAGCAUACCAGGUUCUAUCACAAUUAUAUCAUAGGUCCAAACGGUUCCUUGCCAAACUCAUCCAGACCAUAAUCGGCCUCAUUCUCAUAGCCACUACCACCACUGUUGCAAGCGUAGCUUUACAAACUUCCAUUCAGACUCACCAGUUUGUUAAAAAAUUGCAAAAACACUCACAUACUCUAUGGACCCAACAGUUCACUACUGAUCAGGAACUUGAAUCACAAGUAGUGGAUCUGCAGCAGGCGGUACAGUGGCUGGGGAUCAGGUCUCAGCUUCACAACACGAAAUUAGGUUACCAUGUAAUUGGCAUACCAUCCAAUUUUGCAUUACUCCCCAUAAAUAUAAUGAUACUAAAUAUACAUGGGCCUCCAUCUAACAACAGUUACAAAACUUUCAUGUUAACGCUUCGUUAGACAUUCACCAAUUAUUAACUGACGUCACUUCUACCUUUAAUACACAAAUCCCUAACAUCCCUUAUGAUAAAUUGACUUCUAAAUUGGUAAAGGACCUUCAGGGUUUGGACCCCAGAGGAUGUUGGCAAAGUUUAAUGCAUUCCUUAGGUAGUUCAAGCAUUGCCUUGCUCAUACUGUUAUGUUUGUUUAUUAAAGAUACUGCCAUCUCCGAGAGCACCCAAGCCCCCAGCAUUUAACCACUAUGCUAGCUUUAUGGCAUAGAAAAUAACAAAGGAUUUGUAAAUGGAAGCCUUUAUCUUUUCUCUCUACCUAAACCCUCUAACAUUCAAAAACUCUCAAUGAGUGUUUUUCCUUUCAUGGCAAUUAUAGUUGUUUACAUGGGUCCAAUAAGAGUCUGUUCAUUUGAAUUACUAGUUAUUUUACUAAGGCUUUGACUGGAAUGUUAUAUUUUAGAGAUAAGCAACUAAGGUUGACCUUCUGAAACAGUAGGCCAUAAAGCCCCUUGGAAGUAUUGGCCUGAUACCUUGCUCACAGAGUUCCCAGAAGCCUCUCCAGGUGAGUAAAGACGGUCACUUCCUGGCAGGUGCAGGAACCUCAACAUAUUUUUAAAACCUCAUAAAGAGGAUUUCUCCAAUUCAUCAGGUAUCAGAGGUUUAUCUGAAAGGUGGUUGGCUUGGCUUCUGGCCUGGAGAGGCUACUGCUAAGAAUUCAACCUGGAGAUUCCUUGAAAAAGAUCCCAGCAAAGCUGAUUUUAAACAAUCUUCUUGAGUACUCGCUAUUCUUGUUGAGCUUAUGAGGAUAAUUGGGCCAAGGUUGGUAUGACUGGACAUAUUCCACAGAUAUAUUAGUCUUGAUUUGGCCAUGAGGUUUGUUGAGAGAAAACUUACAUAUGAUGCUGUUUGUCUCACCCAAUGUACAGAAAUAAUUAGACCUUGGUAGAUGAUUGCACUACACCACCUUCCUUUCAUAAAAUAAAAAGGGGGAAUUGUUGGGAAAUAGGACAAACUGUCCUUAUCAGACCUCAGUUCUCAGCACUGUCCUUGUGUGUGAAACAUUCUUAUCAGACUUCUGCUCUCAGAACGCUGGGAACAGGGGACUUGAUGAAGUCCCAGGAGAACGUGCAGAGCAGAGCCUUCCUGGUCAUCAGCCAAGUGCGUCAAGAAGCUACAGAACCAGAGAUAUACCCACACAGUUGCAAGCUGUUCCUGUUCUGCCCACUCUCUAUUUGUAUCUAUUGUGCUGGUUAAACAUUUACUGCUGACUAAACGUUUACUGUGCUCUCCAUGCUUGUAAGGAGGGUGUAAAAUAAGAUGCCAUUCCUAAUAAAGUUUGCGAUUAACCUUCA